AUGACGAGCGAAGUGACUCGAGGCCAGGCAGGGCCAGGCAGGGCCAGGCGCGCGCACGGUCCCCUCGUCGUGACUCAACCUCGCUCCCAGGCGCGUCUCCCCCCAUGCUUCCGCCGUCACCAACCCCUGGACGGUGGACCCGUCGAUCGAACAAGAAGCGAGGCUCAACACCCGAUCACCGUGACAAGAUCCCCCCCCAAUCCUAUCCGAAUCACGCUGCGUCCACCAGCGAAUCACCCGUCGGUCCCACGUGCCGACUCGGAGGUCGAAAGAACGCUCAUCACCCACUUUGACGAUACGGAAUUCUUCUUCACCAUUCCUGAGCCCUCCAAGCUCGGGCCCGAACUUGACUUCCUCGUUUCCGACAUCUGCGCCAUCUUCACCCAGGUCAUUCCUGCCGAUCGGAGCAAAGGCGGCUCGAUCGCGCAACCGCUCCUUUUUUCGUUGUGCAAUGAUGAAGCGAUGAUGCUUGAGCCUGCGUCAAGACCGAACCGGACAUUGUUCCUUUCGCAAAGCGCGCUCCAACCUCGCGUUUCGAAAGUCACGUCCAACCAUCUCACUUGA